UUUUUUUUUCCUUUUCUUUUUUCUUAUGUGAGAAUAAAUACGCAAAACUUUGAACUGCUCGAAGCUCACAAAACUUUGAAAGAAGAACAAGACCAAACACAGAGAUCCUUUAAUGGAGUCUCCUCCUCCUCCGCCUCCGGAGAGAUCCAAUCGCCUCCACAACUUCACCUUGCCCCAUCUCCGCUGGGGACAACAGAGAUUCCUCCGCUGCGCCAAGCCUCCUCACCACCAGCUCCUGCAUCGAUCUCCUCCUCCCUUUCCUUCAUCUUCUUCUUCUCCGUCUCCAGAUCGCGCCCUUCAGAUAUCGGCUGCUUCCGCCUCCAUAUCCGGUGUCGCGACCUCGGCUUCCGCUCCGAGAUUCGGUUCCGCUGUCGGAAACGGAAAGCCGGGGCUCGAUCUAAGAUACAACGCGAAAUCGAAGGUUUCGAUUCUCGCGGUCGGCACCGGAGACGACGGCGUCGCGGCUGCUCGACCGUGGAAUCUGAGGACGAGGAGGGCGGCGUGCUAUGAACCGAGGGAUGAAGCGGCGAGGAUCGGUGGUUCUCCGGCGAGACAUGAGAGUGGCGUGAAGAGAGGAAGCGACGGUGACGGCGAUGGCUACUGCAGGGAGAAGAAUGAGAAAUUGAAGUUCUCGGUCCCCUUGCUGCGAGAGGAAAUCGAGGAGGAUUUCGCCGCCAUGAUCGGAAAACGACCUCCGAGGAGACCCAAGAAGAGACAUCGGAUCGUUCAGAAGCAAUUGAAUUCGCUUUUUCCCGGAUUAUGGCUGACAGAAGAAGUAACAGCAGACUCAUACAAUGUUGUUGAGAUUCUGGAAACAUGAAAGGUGAGUUCUUGGGAGACGUCUUCAAUUGGGUCAAGCUUCUGUCCGCAAUGUAUUCAUGUUCUUCUUCUUCUUCGACAUCCUAGUUUUAUAUGCAGUUGCCAUUGUAAAAAGAAAAGAAAAUGCAGCAGCUUUUGCUUCCCGGCUAGUGUAGAAACCAUUUGUGGUUUCUAUAUACUUGUUUGUUGUUGUAAAGGAGCGGCGGCAACUUGGAUUGGAUCAGUUCAUUCCUACUUUUAGGUAAUCAUCUCACCAUCAUCAUCAUCAUCAUCGACAUCAUCAUCAUCAAACUAACUGUCAACGCCCGGAAAUGGAUCAUCUCCAGCUGUUUGUUUGAAUAAUGCAGUAGCUCUUGUGUUUCUAUGGAUCGUUCUUACAUUCUGAGGGCCUUCUCUGCUGUUGUUGCCUAUUGUCGGAAAGAAAAACUAUAUAUAUCAGUAAUAAGCUAUUAGCUGUAGGAUAAAAAAGACAUGACCUUGAUUUCGUAGAAGCUUCUUGUUCAGGAGGAUGCAUGUAUUGCUUCAUGUUUGUGCAAAGUUCACCGGUUGUUUUAUGGAAGACAAUAUCCAAACCAGUUCAUUCA